AAAAGACGUACAUAUUGGCCGAGAGUGGAUUGUUCAAAUUAUUGCUCUCUCUCACUCUUUCUCUUGCCCGCGCGAAAAUAUCGUCGGCGAAUCAACAUGUAUCUUGAAGCUAGCGGUAUGUUAUAGCUAUAGCUAUAUUAUAGGAAAGAAAGAGAUCGCACAGAUCGCGCUUUCCUUCUUUACUACCCGAAGCUUGCCGAACGCCGAGCGCACACAGACAUGGCUCAACGCGUGCAUACAUUCCCCCUCCAUAUGCGCGGGCUUGGGGGCAAUGCAGCGAAUUUGGCAGCUCUGGCGUGCACCUUCGCACCUACUUCGCUAUAUGACACGACUUUGCACACAUUAUCUGUAUCGUGGAUGUAACCGCUUGCAAUCGUGCUUGCCCUUUUGUGUGUGCGCGUUGAACACAAUGUCGCUUCAUCACACUCCUCCAUCCAGAGGACCCGAGCAGGCAUCUGACAUACCGGCAGGGCCGAGCCACAUCGAAGUACCUCACGGGAUUGCACCUCCAUUGGAGCCGCUCAUUGACAUGGGAUCCCCGUUUUGUGAGAACGUCAUCGAAUCAAUCACGGCGUGUAAAAUUCCACCGUUCUGGAAGCAGCAGCCAGCCUGGUUCGCUCAGAUAGAAUCACUGUUUCAGAUAUACAGAAUCUGCUCUGAUGAUAGCAGGUAUCACCUCGUCAUCGGUGCGCUCGACUCUGAAGCAAUUCAAGAGAUAGCUGACAUCCUGGCAUCUUGUCUGGCACUUGUCAUUGACAAGUAUGUCACGCUCAAAACGCAAUUGCUUGCACGCUUCGCAGACUCAGCUGACAAGCAGCUCCACCGUCUAUUCACGGACUUGGAGCUCGGCAACCGCAAGCUCUCGCAACUCCUCCGCCAUAUGAGGACGCUUGCGGGCGACCGAGUGUCACAGGACAUCCUCCGAGUACGCUGGCUAGCACUUCUGCCACCCAUAGUGCAACGAGUCCUCAAGAUCCUUCGGACAACCUGUCUGGAAGAGCUUUCGACGGUUGCAGACGAGCUCAUGGAAGGCUCUUCUGUGCCUCAAGUUCUCACUGUUACUGCACCACGUGCCCUGUCACCGUGUCGAACUGGAGCUACUCUCGCCGACAACUAGGCCAUUCAGCGGCUAGGAGAGGCCACGACCAUGCAACAAUCUGUCGCACAUCUGACGAUCUUGUUUGAGUGCCUGCUGCCUGUUGUUGCCCACCAAGGACAACUCACUCAAUGUCGGCGGUCGCGUUCCAGGUCGCGUCCUCGUGACAGCCACACUCAACGACCAGUCAGUCAGUUGUGCUACUACCACCGCCGUUUCGGUGCUGCUGCAAGACAGUGCCAGCAGCCGUGCAGUUUUACAUUCCAAGUUCCCGUGCAAGUGGCACGGGAAACUAACAUCGCUGUCGUCGAUACAGGCGGUCGGCGACAGCGCAUCAGCGUCUGGUGAAACACGACUUCACGUCUUUGACAGGACCACGAACAUCAAGUUCUUGGUCGACUCUGGCUCCGUGGUCUCGCUGAUUCCUCGGAGAUACACACACAGGAAGCUCACUCCUGCUGAGCUACAGCUAUUCACCGCCAACUCGUCAGCCAUCCGCAUGUUUAGUCAGCAGCCGCUCACUUUCGACCUCGGACUUCGUCAUGCGUUCAAGUGGUCGUUCAUCAUUGCCGAUGUGAACUCGGCGAUCAUCAGAGCUGACCUUUUCUUACAUUAUGGCCUCGUCAUCGACCUCUCUCGACAACGCCUUGUGGAUUCACAGACCAGCCUUAUUAUUCAGGGGCAGGUACGUGAGACUGCCAUUUUUAGCGUCUCCGCAACCAGCCAGCACAAUCUUCCGGACUCACCGCACCGAGAGACAUAUGCCAGACUAUUGGAUUUUCACGCUGCAGUCUUUGCACCAAGGCCAACUCCUUUGGGGAUCCGCUUUGAUGGUAUUGCACAUCAUAUAGGAACCACAGGACUUCCAAUAUUUGAGCGUCCACGACGACUUGUAGGUGACAAGUUGGCCGCUGCCAAGGUGGACUUCGACCUUCUCUUGCAUCUCGGGUUCGUAUAGCCUUCACACAGUCAAUAGGCGAGUCCAAUCCACAUGGUGCAGAAGAACCAAGGUGGCUGACGCACGACAGAUGACUAUCGGCAUCUAAAUGCUCAGACUGUUCCAGAUCGAUAUCCGAUUCCCCGGAUAGAGGACAUCUUGCAGAUGCACGGGAAAAAGGUCUUUUCCACUAUAGACCUGAUCCGAGCCUAUCACCAGAUUCCUGUUAUGCCGGAGGAUGUUCCGAAGACCGAAGCUGUCACGAGGCCAUUCGGUCUUUUUGAAUUUUUGGGCAUGCCGCCUGGACUCCUCAACGCCACGCAAAUAUCCCAACGUCACGUUAACGGCCUGCUGCGCGGUAUCAGCUUUGCUGCAUGCUAAGUAGAUGACAUCAUCGUCUUUUCAGACAGUCAUGAAGAACAUCUCCGCCAUCUUGAUGCUAUUCUCAGAUUACUUCAGAAGAACAACUUCUCGGUUCAUCCGACCAAAUCUUUCUUUGGACAGGACUCUGUGCAUUACCUCGGCUGCACCGUUUUACAGGUCGGUGUCAAACCACUACUCGAUAAGACCUACCUCUCGCACUGACAAUCGACGCUGCUGACUCUGCCAUAGGUGCGUUACUCGAAUAAUAAAUAGAAGGACACUGGCGGCCACUUGGAUUUUUCUCUCGGAAGCUUCCUCCGAGCAGAAGUACUCCACGUACGAUCGAGAACUCCUCGCUAUCUUCACUGCCGUCAAGUUCUUCAAGCAUAUACUUGAGGGGAGAGCAUUCUGGGUGCAAAUAGACCACCGACCGCUGACUUACGUCUUCAGCAAGAAAGCAGAAAAGAGCUCGCCGCGCCAACUAAGACAAUUGGAUUACAUCUCGCAGUUCAACACGGACAUAGUCCACGUGAGAGGCGAAGACAACGUGGUUGCAAACGCUCUUCCUCGAAUCAGCGCAAUCGAGAUGCCAAGCACUCUUUCAGCUUCAAUCAUUGCAGAAGCUCAACAAGCAGAGCUUGAGAGCAUCCAGAGCUUGCGGACGUCGUGCAAUCCACUUCUCUCGAGCUGAACCAUCUUCGAAUUGAGGGAGAAGACAUCUGAUGCGAUGUCUCAAUAGACAUCAUGCGGCCAUAGUUACCGCAACCGCUUCGACGCAAGGCAUUCGACGCCAUCCAUGGUCCUGCUCAUCCGAGCGCUCGCUCCACGCUCAAGAGCCUCAGGAAGAAAUUUAUCUGGCCGAGCAUCAACAGUGACAUUCCUCACUGGGCACGCGAGUAUUUGCCGUGUCAGCAAUCUAAGGUCAACAGGCACAACAGACCACAGCCUGAACCCAAUCGAGGCAGCGGACAGCCGGUUCAACCGCAUUCACUUGGACCUGAUAAGGCUACCGCCGGUACAAGAUAACCGCUACUGCUUCACGAUCAUUGACCGUUUUUCUAGAUGGCCAGUCGCACUUCCGUUACCGAACAUCGAGGCAGAUACCAUAGUAACUGCUCUCUUCAACCACUGGAUAUGCCAGUUCGACACUUCGCUUACAAUCACGUCGGGGUCACGAAUUUGAAUACCCCCCCCCCUCCCCGCGGAUGGAGGUUUAUUUGGGAAUCUAAUCUCCACCCGCUGGCCGCCCUAAGGCCGGGAUUACGAUGAACUUAACGUAACGGGACGCGACGGGAUGUGAAGUAACACAAAACCUAAAACACAUUGUUUUAUAUGCGGCUAGUUACGAUCGACUUUACGUAACGUGGCGUGAAAUAUUGGAACUUAACGCGACGUGAAGCUUACCAAUGUCAAGUUUAGAUGUUGCAUUCUGUCAAGUCGGAUUGUUCAUGUGACACUUUCAGCCAAUCAACGUUCUCGACUUUUGCGAGCGUGUUUUACUUGAACUGAAAGAUGUCAUUUGGCAUUGUGUUGUGUAUUCGGGAACAUACAGACAAAAGUCGUACAGAAAAUGUCGAUCAACGACAUUUUAUUAAUAGAGUGUGUGCGAGCACAUCCCGAAAUAUAUAAUAAAGGACAUGCAGGAUUCAAGAAUAUCGGAAUAAAAGAAUCCGCAUGAAAAAUUGUGGCCGAAACAGUCAAUGGUAAUUUAUUCAUCCUUUUUGAUUGAUUUAUAUGAACCUAAAGUUCAUAUAGAUUUUUUUGUCACGAUUUUAGCACCAGUAAAAGAUUGUACAGCCAGGUGGCAAACUCUUCGCGAGAGGUUCACAAAAGAGAAGCGCAUUCUUGAGCAGAAGAGUCUGGAGUAGCAGCCUCAACCCGUCCAGAAUGGCCAACAUAUAAUGCUAUGUCAUUUCUGACAUCUCAUAUUAGGAAAAGGAAAUCUGUGGACAAUUUCCUACCAACGUCGUCGGUACCUACAUCUUAACCAAGAUUAUCAUGCACAGAUGAAGAGAUGUCGCUUCUACCGUCAUUGGCCGAAUCCUCAGAUAAUGUCGAAAUAUUAGAGGAGCAGACUAUAGAUGAUGUUAGUGCUCCAGUUAAUGC